AUCAAUCAUUUCCAUCUAUAAUUUCAAAAUGUUCUUCAUAACCUCCAUCUUUUUCUCUUUGCUUCUAUAUAUCUGACUUGAGUUCCAAUUAUUAUUCACUGAAAUCAGAAGUCAUUAUUAUUGUAAUUACCAAUUGUGAAUCGGGAAUUGUUUCGAAAACAUGACGUUUAAAUUAUAUAUAUAAUCAGCCACUCCUAUGAAGUUCAGUUGCAACUUCAUUAUUUUUUAUAUUUUAUUUUUCUACAUUCUUUUAAUCAAAAGAAUAUCUAAACUAACAAAAAUACUAAAAUGUUAGUAUGUUUACCAACUUUGACAGUGGGGUCUCAUUGGUUUCUGUAUCUCAAUAAAUUGUAUUAUUGGAUUUAAAAUCGUCAUAAAAAUCAAGAAAAAUAAACUUGCAGUAUCUUUUCUUUCUGUUAAAUUUUGUGAGCACUAACUUAUAUUACAAUUUUAUGCAUUAAUCAAAGUAGAAGUCGAUUUUGAUUGAAAUUAGUGAAUAUUGGUAGGAAACAAACGUAUUGUCAAAUUUUGGGGCAGUGAUCCUCAAGACUGUGAAACCCUAACAUACAUCCUUUGUUUUUCCCUCCUUAAUACAACACUUCAAAAUCCAAAUUAAAACAAAACCCAAUGCCCAAAACCCAACUUGUUUCCUUCCAUGCAUACACAUGCACCUUCUCUCUCUUCUGCAUGGGAAAAAAAUGGUACCUUUAAAGGCCAUUUAGUUCUCUUCCCUUCCCCCACAGUCCUAUACCUAAACCCUAAACUUUAACCCUGACCCUAAUCCUAGAGCUCUGCUUUAAUGUUCUUAGCCACCUUCUCUAAAGUCUAAACCCAUAAUUCCCCCAACUACUUUACCCUUUUAGCCAUCCUAUUCUCAUAGCAAUAAAUUUUGCUAACAGAAAAUUAUACUAAAUUAUUUCUCUGAUAAAAGGAGUUGCUUUGGCAUUCCAAUGCAUACAAGGAAAAGACUAUGCCCCACAUUUCGCUUUCACUUGGGGUUGGGGCUUUUAGCCCUUUCAGUAGUUUAUGGCACUCUUAUAUUUAUUAUUGUUAUUACUAUUAUUGCUUUUUGGCCCUUUUUUGAGAAUUGUGCUUUGCCUAAUCCCCCCCCCCCCUUUUCUUCACCACUCUCUGGUCUAACACUUCCCUUUGCCCAUUUCCAUUUCCAUUUCUCUGAUCCUUUGCAUCUCUUUCACUUUCAUUCCUUACAAUCUCUCUGGUUUCUCUUUCUUUUGAGCCUUUCCUGGAUCUGGGUUUGCUUUUUCUAGCUUGCUUGUGUGAUUUCUCUACAGUUCUUGUUCUUGUGACCUCCAUGCACGUACCCAUUUCAUCCUCUCUGUUCCAUCGCUUCUCCAUUUAUAUGUCACCCUAAACUUUUGAAUACAAUAGAAUAACAUAACUGCGUCUGAUUUCUUCAUUUCUUUCUCUCAUUGUUGUGAUCAUUUUGGUUCUGUAAUGGGGAUGAAGAGGCUGUUUAUUGCUGUAUUCUUUGUCUGUUUGGGAAGUUGGAGGAGCUAUGCACAAGAAGGUGGAGAAGCUCCAAUGGAGAAAACAGAGCUUGAUGCUCUGAACUCCGCAAUACAGGGCUUUGUGGGUAAUUGGUGGAAUGGCUCAGAUCUCUACCCUGAUCCUUGUGGAUGGACUCCAAUACAGGGGGUUUCUUGUGAUAUCUUCGACGGGCUCUGGUAUGUCACUGCACUUAACAUUGGACCAACUCAUGACAACUCGCUAUCUUGUGCUCCAAAUGCCCAUUUCAGACAGCAAUUGUUUGAACUCAAACACCUUAAGAGUCUGUCCUUCUUCAGCUGCUUUGUCUCAACAAAAGGGAGCAAUUCUGUUUCACUUCCAACUGACGAAUGGCUAAAACUCGCCGGAAGUUUAGAAUCUCUCGAGUUCAGAUCAAAUGACGGCCUCACCGGAAAAAUUCCGGCCAGUCUGGGGAGUCUAUCAAACCUGCAAUCUUUGGUUUUAUUAAAUAAUGGAUUCGUAGGUGAAAUACCAGAAAAUUUUGGCGGUUUGAUCAAAUUAAAGCGACUGGUUAUUGCUGGAAACUCGCUCACUGGUCCAAUUGCUCGAAAUCUUGGGCGGCUGAGCGAGCUACUGAUUUUGGAUUUGAGUAGAAACUUAUUGUCGGGUUCUCUGCCACCGAGUUUGGGAAAUUUGACUUCCCUUUUGAAGCUUGAUCUUAAUGACAACAAAUUGAGUGGAAUUUUACCAAAUGAAAUCGGCGAUAUGGGAAAUUUAACGCUUCUGGAUCUGAGCAACAACAGUUUCUACGGUGGAUUGAAACAGUCGUUUGAGAAGAUGAGUUCGUUAGAAGAAGUAAUUUUAUCCAACAACCCAAUCGGGGGAGAACUCAAGAGCAUAAACUGGAAAAGUCUAGAAAACUUAGUGAUUUUGGACCUUUCCGACAUGGGUUUGAAAGGAGACAUUCCGGAUUCAUUAUCCGCAUUGAAAAGGCUAAGAUUUCUGGGCCUUAGCCGCAACAAUCUAACAGGAAACCCCUCGCCAAAACUUGCAACUCUGCCAGUUAUUAGUGCGAUUUACUUGUUCAGGAACAAUUUGUCUGGAGACCUCAAAUUCUCCGAAAAGUUCUACGGGAAGAUGGGGAGGAGAUUUGGGGCAUGGGAUAAUCCGAAUCUGUGUUACCCCAUUGGAACGUUGGCGGCAAACAAUGGUCCAUAUGGGGUGAAGCCAUGUCAAGAAGAGGAAGAAGAUGAAGAUGUGAUCAAAUUAAUGAAAUACCCCGUCAAAAAGACGAAUUUUGAGACGGGAAAUUCGAAUUCGGCGGUCUCAAAGGGUUGUUGUGGGCUUGGAAUUGAAGGAUUUUGGUGGAAAUUUGUGGGGAAGACAUUAGCGAUGGUUCUGUUAACGAAUAGGUUGUUAUGAAACAGAAACAGAAACAGAAACAGAGGUUUGUUUCUUAGAAGUGUCCUGCCUGAAGAGAAUGGAAUCAUUAUCCAUUUGGUCUGCUGCAGCUGACGUCCUAACGAAAAGUCACCUUCUUAUUUAAAGAAAGAAUAGAAGUUAAAUGGUAUUUGUAAUGGAGUUUACUUAGUUUCAAUUUUCAAAUUUAAUCAUGCAC